AUGAGCGUCGCUUCCUACUCGUCCAUCUUGCGCUUCUUGUUCGCGUCGAGGCUUGCGGUGCCCUUGCAGCCUUCUCGGAAAUGGUCGAGCAUGUCGUCGAGCGUCUGGAACCUCCUCUUCCUCGGCGACGUACUCAUUGUCAACAUUGGGUGCAGCGUCGUCAUCUCUUGCGAGAACAUCAAUGAGUACCUUUUGCCGCGCCUCGCAGGCUGGACGUAG